UUGGAAAUGGAAUCGUUUUCUUCACUUUGUAUAAAAAAGAAGUGGCCAUGUGGGAGUCCCUGACUGUAGCAAAUGUUAACAAGGAGGAACUGCAACAUCUAAGAGAGAAUGCUGUUCUAAGAGCACACGAAAAGGCGAAAGAGGAGACAGAAGCAAAAAAAGUUACAAAACAGGAACACAAGAAGUAUGCUUUGGAGGCUACAAUGAAGCUAGAAGAAGCAGAAAGAAAAAGAAUUGAAGGUCUGAAAGAACAGGAGAGACAGAAAGUUGCUAAGGAGUUGGAGCUAUGGAGAUGUCAGCAAAACAAUGUUGAGAAACAAAAGAGGGUGCAAAAUGGAGGGAAACUACAUGAAGAAGGAGAGCAACUGAAGGAGAAGAAAAGGGAAAAAAUAAACAAAACCAGAAUUCCUAAUGAAGAAAUUUCUAAGACCAAACUCAAAGAUACAAAAGGUUGUGGCUCCUAUAGUAUCUUUUCAGAGAAUUUAAGAGAAGAGCAGAUGCCAGCUCCUCGACCUGCCGGUACUAUUAAAAUCAACUUCACAUCACGAGUUUUUCCUACAGCUCUUCGAGAGUCUCGUGUAGCAGAAGAGGAAGAGUGGCUACAAAAACAGGCAGAAGCUCGAAGGAUAAUAAAUGCUGAUUUGUCUGAGCUGGAAGAUUUAAAAGAAGAGGAGAAAAAUCCAGACUGGUUAAAGGACAAGGGAAACAAAAUGUUUGCAACAGGAAACUAUCUUGCAGCUGUAAAUGCAUAUAACCUUGCAGUCCGACUAAACAAUAAGCUUCCACUGCUGUAUUUGAAUCGUGCUGCUUGCCAUCUUAAGCUGAGAAAUUUACACAAAGCCAUUGAAGAUUCCUCUAAGGCACUAGAAUUGCUAACACCACCUGUUCCUGAUAAUGAGAACGCUCGAGUAAAAGCAUAUGUGAGACGUGGCACAGCCUUUUGUCAGCUGGAGCUGUAUGCUGAAGGUCUCCAGGAUUAUGAAGCAGCUCUCAAGAUUGAUCCUAAAAAUAAAACCAUAGAAAAAGAUGCAGAGAAGAUUCGACACACAAUUCAGGGAACAGUGCAAAAUUCUUAAAAAUAAAAAAGGACCUUUUUGUGCCUUUUGGGGGCCUCAGAAGGAGCCUUAGUUCAUGUUCUCUUCAGUAUGUUGCUAACUAGAUUUUUUUUGUUUCACUUGGAAUACCUACUGAAUUUAUAAAAUACUGGAUAUGAGUAGUUAUUUUUUGGCAAGCAUGGUUCUAUAACAAAUACGAUUAGAUAUACUGCGUAUCGUUUUGAUACA